UGCUUGUUCUCACAUUCUAGAAAAGCAGAAGGUGAAUUUGCUGGAAAUAACCUUUAGAGAGCCAGAUCAAAGGCACUCUUCAAUUAUUCAGAAUAGUUAUUAUAAAUUAAUGUGCUUGAGGUUUUUAUGGUAAUGAUGGCCUAAUGGCUAGAAUUAAAUACGGCAUUAUUAUGAUGUACUAUUUUGAAACAGAGAGCUUUUCUUGGGAUGCCCUAAUAUAACAAGGGCAGAUUGAUCUGAUUCCCUUCCCAGUUCUGAAGAUCUUCAAUAGCUUGUUAGCAUAGAGGUACCUCAGGAAAUAGAUGAACAAAUGGGAAGACAAAAUGCAACUUCCUCACUCUGCUCAAGAACCCAGAAACUCUGUAAUGGAAACAAAGUGGCAUGAGCUAAAAACAAGCCAGGAGAAUCUCAAGUCUCAGCUUCAGCAAAUGAAGGAGAGAAACUGUAUCCUAGAAAUGAAUUGUCAUGACUUAAUAGCAAGGCAUGAGAAUCUCAAAAUGCAAGUUCAGAAAAUGAGACUGGACAUUCAGAAUAUCACUACAAGUCACCAAAAAAUCUUGAAGGAAAGGAAAAUUCAGAAUGGAACUGGAUACCCAUCAUUAGAGCUCAACCAUGUGGGAUGUUCAAAUUUGCACUCAUUUUUUGCUGAAAGAAAAUGGCUGAUAGAGCCACAGGUUUAUUUCCUCACCAGGAAUACAGGAUCAUCAGAGAUCAUAUCAAAGUCAGAUUUCUUCCAAAACACCUAUCCUGAAGUUACACAUAAUGAAAUCCCUAGGGAGGGGAUUGGACCUUUAACAAACAACUCUCGAAAUAUAAAACCUGAAACUAACAGGGACCACUUCAGCAAGGGGAUUAAGUUCAGAAGCUCCCACUGUUCUACAGCAUCAGAACGACACCUUAGUGAGAAGUGGAUAGAGCUACAACAGUUGAUAAUAGAACUGAAGAAAAAACUACGUCUCCAAGUGCAGCCAGGUUACCCCUCUGAAGAGUUGCUGCUCAGCGCUGAGCAUCUUUGCAAAUCUUUCUCUAAUCUCAUUACUCAAGUGGCCUCACCAGCCAGGAAAACUGAAGUUGGUGGUAAUAGCCUUUCCGGACUGUCAGAUCUUCCAAGUUAAAAGAAGAUAACCAUGUAUAUUAUAGCUGUUUUUUAAAAAAGUAUUCAUACAUUGAAAGUGGCAUGAACUUUUACAUUCCACUAUUCUUUCCUCUGCUUUUUCUCUGGGUGUUCAUACUCUGGUUUUUCUUAAAAUCAAAUAAUUAUUCUAUUGACCAUAUAUCUUUUAAAAAGCACAUAUAUUAAGCCCAUGAAACUUGAUAAAUAUAAUACUGUCGCUCAAUGGUUCUCCCUGAGUGUGUCCGCAUGUCGUCACAGGGGCUCUGCAAAGGCUUGAAGAAAUAUUAUGAUUCAAAUCCUGAGGGGUCCAUAACCAUGGUCCAUGGCCACAAAAGGUAUUUAAAGGCGGGUCCAUGGUGAAGAAAAGUUGAGAACCACUGCGGUAGCUGAUCUAUAGCAAUGAAAUAUGGGAACUCAUAUGGCAACAUUAGAAUGCGUAUGGACCUCCCUGUGGUUUUGUUUGAAUCCAUGUAUUCAAUUUAACAGAAAAUAUGAAGCGAAGAACAAAGCAGAUUUCUUUAUACUUCGAGACAUUUACACAGUUCUAGAGAAACUCACGAUUUACAUCACAGAAAUUUUAACCCAGUUUUAAGAUGGUUUUAUUGAAUACUCAUCUCAAAAAAUUCACUUUAAAGGGAAAAGACACAUCUUUUGUGUCUUUUGCAUUCAGUCAUAAAAAUAAAUCUUUGGGGAAAUCAACAUGCAUGUUAAUAUUUAUUGAGGAGAAAAAUCCAAUGGCUUGAUUAUUGUAGUUUUACCGAAGAUAAGAUGAUAUUAUAGAAUCAGAAGAUGUUCCCUUCUCCUUCAUCACCUCCUUCAUCAUCUGUCUUAUGUAGGCAAAACCAGAACAGUGAACAGUUACUUAUAUAUUAUGCAUUUAUAAUUCCUGGCCCCUAGAACCAGAUUUUUUUAAAACAAACAUAAUUAAGUCAUCUUUGCCUACUGACGUCCAGUCGAAAAUAAGUCAAAGAGUCCAGCAAAAGUGAGUGACAAAUCAGCUUUUCUGAAAGUAAUGAAAUGAGAGAUAGUUGGGAAAAAAAUCCAUACGCUAAUUAACUGUGAAGGCUUACUAGUGGAUAAGCAUCUGUACAUAAGAAAUUACGUACAUGCAAUUAAAACAAUAAACUGAAAUAAAACAUGAAAAAAGCGACUUUUACCGCUA